ACAUGAGUCACAUGUGUCUUAAAAAAUUCACGUAAGGAGACGGCCUAUAGCUAAUAGCCUGCAUCAUAUGUUGCAGGGCUGGUCCCGAUCUCACCAUUUUCUUGCGGUCUUCAUUUCCUCGUCUGAUCAAAAAAUUUCAACUUCACCACCUUUCGAGUUUCAUCUGCUUCACCAAACUUUCAAUGGCGCUUUGUCCAUCCAACACGCUUCCUCCUUUCAGAAAACUUGAUAUUUUCAGGUCCGACAGUUGUCUCCCUUUGCAGCUCCGACGAUCAAACUCUGUAGAUUUCGCUGCCAAAACACCUGCCUUGCCUCAAGUCUUGUCCAAAACAAGCCAGUCGUUAUCAUCCAUUAUUACAGAGCUCGAAAUAGAACAGGAACUAGAUGGUUACACGACUAAUACCAAACUGCAAGAGAGAAAAUUAGCUGAUAUGUGGAGAGAAAUCCAUGGCCAAGAUGAUUGGGUGGGCUUGCUCGAUCCGAUGGACCCUUUUCUGCGGUCAGAGCUAAUCCGAUACGGCGAGAUGGCACAAACUUGUUACGACGCUUUUGAUUACGACCCAUAUUCCAAGUACUGUGGUAGCUGCAGAUUCAUGCGCCGUAAAUUUUUCGAGUCUCUAGGAAUGACUCACCAUGGUUAUGAGGUCACCAGGUAUCUCUACGCCACAACAGCUAUCAACCUCCCAAAUUUCUUUAAGCAAUCGCGGUGGCCAAAAGUGUGGAGCAACAAAGCAAACUGGAUCGGAUAUGUAGCAGUUUCGAACGACGAAACGUCAAGGCGUUUGGGCCGCCGUGACAUCACCAUUGCGUGGAGGGGUACGGUGACGCGGCUGGAGUGGAUUGCAGACUUGAUGGACUUCCUGAAGCCCAUUAACGGAAACAAAAUCCCAUGCCCAGACCCAACAGUGAAGGUCGAAUCCGGCUUCCUGGAUCUCUACACGGACAAAGACGCUAACUGUCGGUUCUGCAAGUUCUCAGCUAGAGAACAAAUACUGACAGAGGUAAAACGGUUAACAGAAAUGUAUGCUAAUGAGGAAGUAAGCAUCACCAUAACCGGACACAGUCUAGGUAGCGCUCUGGCCAUAUUAAGUGCGUACGACAUUGUCGAAACAGGUUUACAUGUGAUGCAAGACUGUCGAGCACUGCCGGUCUGUGUGUUCUCGUUUUCGGGUCCUCGAGUCGGGAAUGCGAGAUUUAAGGAGCGGAUCGAGUCACUGGGCGUGAAAGCAUUGAGGGUGGUGAAUGUGCAUGACGUAGUGCCUAAGUCGCCAGGUUUUUUUUUCAACGAACAAGUGCCGCCUAUGUUAAUGAAGUUGGCAGGAGGAUUGCCGUGGUGUUACUCGCAUGUUGGGGUGGAGUUGCUUCUGGAUCACAAUAACUCUCCCUUCUUGAAAGAAACCAGUGACCCUGUUUGUGCCCAUAACUUGGAGGCUCACUUGCAUUUGCUUGAUGGAUAUCAUGGAAAAGGGCAUAGAUUUGUGCUGGCAAGUGGAAGGGACCCUGCAUUGGUGAACAAGGCCUCAGACUUCUUGAAAGAUCAUUACUUGGUUCCACCAUUCUGGAGGCAAGACGAGAACAAAGGCAUGAUCAGGAAUAACGAUGGGCGCUGGGUGCAACCCGAACGCCCUAAGCUUGAUGAUCACCCUUCUGAUAUGCACCACCAUCUCCAGAAACUAGAGCUUAACUCUCUCCCUGAUAAGCCAAUCAUGGGUUAAUUAAUUGACACAGGAACUUGCUUUUUAAUAAUGGUUUUUUUGAAGAUGAUCAUCCUAUGCUAAACAGAUGAGUUGUAGAUAAAAAGAAAUAUAUUUUAUAUCUGUUUAGUUUGCGCAAA